UCCGUUGAUACGACGUCGUGUCACCUUAUACCGUUGACCAAAUACGCAUGGGUUAACUUAUACGUAGUAGAACAGUACAUCUACUCAUCAUCUUCUUCUCUCUCUCUCGUUUCAGUCACAAGACGACUCAACCAACAAAGCAACUUCGCUUCACGAGCUCAAACCUUCUCUCUCUCUCCUUUUCUUAUCUCCGUGACGCAUUUGUUUCUCGAGCUGUCUCGUUUUUCUCAGAAACUUUGGUCGGUGAUGGUGAUUAAUAAUAAUAAGUCGAAGAGCAGAUGAAAGUCACCGGAAAGCCGUAUCAGACGGCGACAUUACCGAACUCAAACUCCGAGACUAAUCUUUUCACUAACCCUCCAGAUCUCAGGGCUUUACAGAGAGCUACCACAGUCACUAAACGCAGAGCGAGGAACCCGAGCUUGACACGUCAGCGAAGAUCCGCCGUUCCCGGCGGGAGAAGAAGUCGGCCGGAGACUCCUCUUCUGAAAUGGAAGGUCGAGGAUCGGAAGACAGAGAGAGGCGGCGUUGUUGUUGAGGAAGACGAUGAUUACGAGGAUGAGAGAGAGGCUACUUCACGGCGCAAGGAUCGGAGGAAAACAACUCGGCCUGUCUCGGUUAGGAAACUCGCCGCAGGGCUAUGGCGGUUGCAGGUUCCCGACGCGGUGGUUAGCGGCGGAGGAGAGAGAAAGGUGAAAGAGGGAUUAGGGUUUCAGGGAGGUGUUCCAUACCUUUAUCACCACAGUGACAAACUUUCUGGUGGUUCGAAGAAUAGGAUGAGGCAGAACCCUAGCACUAUUGCUACCACAAAGAAUGGAUUCUUGUGUUCGCUCGAGCCUUCAAUGCCAUUUCCUCACUCGGCGAUGGAAGGGGCGACAAAGUGGGAUCCUGUCUGCAUGGAUACAAUGGAGGAAGUACACCAAAUCUACAGCAACAUGAAGCGUAUUGAUCAACAAGUGAACGCUGUGUCAUUGGUCACAUCCCUUGAAGCAGAGCUAGAGGAAGCACACGCUCGCAUAGAGGAUCUCGAGAGCGAGAAGCGGUCUCACAAGAAGAAGCUUGAGCAGUUCUUAAGGAAAGUCAGUGAGGAGAGAGCUGCUUGGAGGAGCAGAGAGCACGAGAAGGUCCGAGCAAUCAUCGACGACAUGAAAGCUGACAUGAGCAGGGAGAAGAAAACACGUCAGAGACUAGAAAUCGUUAACCAUAAACUAGUCAACGAGCUUGCAGACUCGAAGCUAGCAGCGAAGCGUUACAUGCAAGACUAUGAGAAGGAAAGGAAGGCAAGGGAGUUGAUUGAGGAAGUGUGUGAUGAACUUGCUAAGGAGAUAGGAGAAGAUAAAGCUGAGAUCGAAGCGUUGAAGAGAGAGUCCAUGAGCCUUAGAGAAGAAGUAGAUGAUGAGAGAAGAAUGCUGCAGAUGGCUGAGGUUUGGCGUGAGGAGCGUGUUCAGAUGAAGCUUAUUGAUGCCAAAGUAGCGUUAGAGGAGAGGUACUCACAGAUGAACAAGCUUGUAGCAGGUUUGGAGUCUUUCCUUAAGUCAAGAGAUGUUGUUACAGAUGUGAAGGAGGUGAGAGAGGCAGAGUUGUUAAGAGAAACCGCUGCUUCUGUUGAUAUCCAAGAGAUCAAGGAGUUUACAUAUGAGCCUGCAAACCCGGAUGAUAUCUUCACUAUGUUGGAAGAAAUGAAUCUUGGUGAAGGUCAAGAUAAAGAAAUGGAGAAACCUGUUGCUUACAGUCCAAAAGGGAGACAUUCAGAUGCUCUUACUCACCAGAAUGAAGAAGAUGAUAGUGGUUGGGAGACAGUGAGCCACGUGGAAGAACAAGGGUCUAGUUACUCGCCAGAUGGAAGCAUACCUUCAGUGAACAAUCACCAUCACCGAGAGAGCAACGCCUCAAGUGGUGGUACAGAGUUCUUAGGCAAAGGCUGGGAUGAGACAAUGAUGACUCCAACAACAGAGAUAAGUGAAGUAUGUUCUGUUCCAAGACGGUCAUCCAAAAAGGUUUCAUCAAUAGCAAAACUGUGGAGAUCAUCAGGUGCAAGCAACAACGGAGAUAGAGAUAAUAACAGCUUCAAGGUAAUAUCAGUGGAAGGUAUGAAUGGAGGAAGGGUUUCAAAUGGAAGGAAAUCAAGUGUGGGAAUGGUUUCAUCACCAGAGAGAGGCUCAAGCAAAGGCGGGUUCAGCCCCAUGAUGGAUUUAGUUGGACAAUGGAGCUCUUCACCGGAAGGUGGAAGCCAUCCUCAUGUGAACCGAGGAGGGAUGAAAGGUUGCAUAGAAUGGCCUAGAGGUGCACAGAAGCAUAGUUUGAAAGCAAAACUCAUUGAAGCACGAAUCGAAAGCCAAAAGGUUCAGUUGAAGCAUGUCCUUAAGCAGAAGAUAUAGAUGACACAACCAGAUUGCAGUUCUGCUGUGUGGUUUCUCUGAUCUCUCACCGGGCUGUGAUUCUGUAUGAAGUAAUAAUGUUCCGGUGAAAGCAGUCAGAAGCCAGCAAAAACGGUUUAGACCGGAGUUUUAGAUUAUGUAUGUUAUUUGGUCCUUAGCAAAUUAAGCAAACUGUGUACUAUAAUAUUGUUAUCUCAUCUUUAUGGAAGAUAAACCUUUUAGCAGAGUAAGACAGGCUAUUGUUCCUUAAAACAUAUUCAUCAGAUUAUAUAAUAUAUAGUUAGUUUCCCAC